AUGUCGCGGAGGCUCUUGGUCUCGAGGGCACCCGGCCCCAUCCGUCGUCACUUUGCAACAGAACCGGUUGUUGAUUACUACGCUGUGCUUGGAGUGCCACCUGGAGCUACAACGAAGGAAAUCAAGGCGGCAUUCUACAGCCUAUCAAAAAAGUACCACCCGGAUCGAAAUAGGGAUAAUCAAGCUGAAGCGGCUUCAAAAUUUCAGCAGGUAUCACUGGCUUACGAGGUAUUGGGCUCAGAUGAAAAACGGAAAAUGUACGAUAUGACAAGGAUACGAACAUCACCUGAUUCUUGGGUCGUUGGAGCAGAAUUCUUAACCGAAUGA